AUGUACGAGCUAAUCUUCGAGGAGCUACGCUAUGAUUUCGAGCAGAAGAUCCUUGCGAAGGGGCAGCAAAUCAAAGAAGACUGUUACAAUAACCACCGACGAACACUAGAAGGAGCUAGAGAGUUUGCAGAGUGUAUGAUGAGGGAAAAGAAUAACCUCUUGAGGGAAGAAAAAAUAGGCAAAUUUCGCAUUUUACAUAUGGAAAUGAGUGCAGCCAAGCGAGAUGACUUCAACCUUACAGAAAGCGUUAGUCAAUUCAUCAAGGAUUACCAGCUGGACCAAAAAAAGACUCGAAAAAGAGAAGUCCAAAGUGCACAACAAGACUUCGAGCGCCAGAGACAGCGGCUCCUCGAAGAGCGCAAUCACCAUGAUGCCCUCGACAAGGACUACAGAGUGCUUGAUAAGGAACUUCUCGACCUACAGGCCAAGAGUAAGUACGCCAACGAGCAGGAAGACAGAAGACUCAAGGAUCUUGAAAGUAGAAGAAAGCUGAUUACCAAAUUUAUUGAUAAUAUUUUAAAAGUGAUGAGGAAGGACGGUUAUGACCAUUUGGCGAAACUACUUAUUAUCGGCGACUCUGGAGUAGGAAAGACGAACAUCCUACUGCGGUUCUGUGAGAACAACUUCAUGAGUUCGCACCUGACUACCAUCUAUAGCGAGCGCCAUUCAGGCAUUGACUUCAAGAUCAAGACCAUCGAGAUAGACGGCAAGAAGAUCCGCAUGCAGAUCUGGGAUACAGCUGGUCAAGAAAGGUUCAAGACCAUCACACAGACAUACUACCGCGGCGCUAUGGGAAUCAUUAUGACAUAUGCUGUGAAUGAUCGAUCCUCCUUCAACGCUAUGGAGAACUGGCUUAAGCAGAUCAAGACCCACGCCGCAGAAAACGUAGUGAAAGUGUUGGUAGCCAAUAAAAUAGACUGCGAAGACCGAAAAGUAAGCCCUGAUGAGGGAAAGCAGCUUGCUGCGAACUUCGGCGUCAACUACCACGAGGUGAGUGCCAAGGAAAAUAUCAACAUUUCCGAAAUGUUUAUGUCGAUUGGCAAGUAGAUAAAGGAUAAGAUCUUGACUGGAUAA